GCAGAAGGAGCGGCUGUUGCGAACCCAACUGCAAAUUCAGACCAGGUGCAGACUGUCUGGAUGGACUCUGCUGUGAGCAGUGCAAGUAUUUACCAGAGGGAACGAUGUGCAGAAAGACUGCUUCGAAGUGUGAUCUUGCCGAGUACUGCAACGGGGCCAUGGCCGACUGCCCACCGGACGUCUAUAAACAAGACGGGAUCCCCUGCGAUACCAGUGCCAGCUGUUAUGCCGGGCAGUGCUUAGGGCUUCAGCGCCAGUGUGUGGCCCUCUUUGGCAAAGAUGCAAACGUUGCUCCACGGAGGUGUUUCGAGGAGGUGAACAUGCGUGGCGACCGGUCCGGCAACUGCGGCGAAGAGGGCAUGAAGUUCAAGAAAUGUAAAAUACAAGACGUCUUUUGUGGAAGGCUCCAGUGCACCAAGGUGGACACGAUCCCGAGGCUGCCCACCAGACAAGCUGUCCUGCAGACUCCAGUGGAGAACGUGAUGUGUUGGGGCACAGAAUUCCACCUCAGCCUGGCCUACGAUCUCGGCGCCGUGAGAGACGGGACACCCUGCGAUGUCGGCAAGAUAUGCCUAAACGGGUCAUGUGUCACUCUGGAAGUUCUGCAGUACGAUUGCGACUCGAACAGAUGUCACCUCCGAGGGGUGUGCAACAACAGGAGAAAUUGCCACUGCGCCUAUGGAUGGGCCCCUCCCUUCUGCGAGGGCAAAGGGUACGGAGGGAGCGUUGACAGCGGCCCGCCUCCAGUUUACAAAAGGAACUUGGCCGUCAUCUUUGCCGUGGUCACACUGGUUGGCGGGAUUCUCUCGGCGUUUCUUGUUAUCUCUAUCAUGAAGAGAGAACAAUUGAAGGGUUGGCUUGCUAAAUCAUACAAGGAACGGGAACCGUCAGACUCUGAAUCGGAACCAGAAGAUACCACGGAGGCAACGUCAGAGCCAGAACCUCCACCGGAACCACAAGAUACAUUGCCUGUAAAACGUACACAGUCACGGUUACUGCCUGCAAAACAUACCUCGCAGCCAGAACCUAGACAACGAUCACAGCAUACACUACAACCGGAAUCUAGACCACAACCACUGUAUACACCACAGCCGGAACUUAGACCACAACCACAGCGUACACUGCAACCAGAGCCUAGACCACAACCACAGCGUACACUAGAACCAGAACCUAGACCACAACCACAGCGUACACUACAACCAGAACCUAGACCACAACCACAGCAUGCAAUACAACCGGAACUUAGACCACAACCACAGCGUACACCGCAACCAGAACCUAGACCACAACCACAGCGUACACUGCAACCAGAAUCUAGACCACAACCACAGCGUACACUACAACCAGAAUCUAGAUCACAAUCACAGCGUACACUAGUACAAGAAUCUAGACCACAAUCACAGCAUACACUACAACCAGAAUCUAGACCACAACCACAGCGUACACUACAACCAGAAGCUAGACCACAACGAGAACCCAGACCACAGCCACAGCGUGCACUACAACCAGAACCUAGACCACAACCACAGCAUACACCACAACCAGAACCGGGGCUGCAGCCGACUCUGACCGGACUGGCCCUGCGCAGAGCGGCUCCUCCCGGGCGUCCGGCAUCAGGUCUGUGGGCAGCAUCCUGGGGGUUGCGGGCGCGGCGCAAGUUCACUGGCAACCUGCUCUGCAGGGCGUGGGGCCUCUUGGCCCCGAGCUAG